AUGUGGGCAGCACCAUUUGACUUGCUGGAUAAAGUCCUAUGGAAUCUUGUCCAAGGACCUCACGAACGAAGCGUGAAAAAAUAUCUGAAUGAAGCUACUCAAGAAUCUGUUGUAAAAGAUUUUCAGGAGACGUUGAACUCAAGGUCGAGCUAUGUUUGGUAUCUGACCUCUGCAUUUGACACGCAUGCGUACGGCCCUGAUAAAAAAUACUGGGAUGAACAAAGUCUUCGAAAAUAUAUAGAUAGUUCACACCGUGGCCUUAUCACUUCAGAUACCUCGCUCCUGCUCUUGUGGAGAUGCUUCCGCUUCUAUGCAUUCUAUCCUUUCCCGCCGGAUAUUACCAAUAGCACAGUUGAUUACGACGCGUUUAAGCGUGCCGUAAUACUACUUGGCGUUCAAGGCUGUGAUAUGGUAGGCAUGGUGGAUGAUGGAGGUUGGCACUGGCGAUCUGAUGAUGGCUAUAUUCCACGAACAAACCUCCAACGCAUGCUAAGGAGUGUUGGCCAUAUAGAAAGUAUCGAUGAGAAAGACUGUCAAAUCGAGGCAGGAUUCAAUCCAAUCAUCGAUGAAACAAUGGACGUUCUGAAAACGACUGCGCCUUUUCGAAUGCACUGCGGUCCCUGGGCAGAUCAGCUCGACCCUGUUGCGCGGAGGCUACUCGGGGAGUCUACAAAGACCCAGUCACAAGUUUCAUGGGAGGAAUUCUCGGAUUUACUAAGCUUGGUACUGCGUUUAAGACUUCUUGAUACUAAAAGGGCUUUUGGUCUCCAUUUUGGCGAAUUUGGAGGCCCAGCUCCGGCAAAAGAAACCGCGAAAAAGAUUGUUGAUGGACUUAGAGAGGGUCUUGUCGGAGACAAUAUAACUAUGAAAUACUAUGACAAAAUACUUGAAGUCUUGCCCGAUCUGCACGAUCAGUUCCAUCAGUUCUGGGCAGUCCUAUUUCAACCGCAGAUGUAA